AGUCUCGGUCCCAGCGUUGCCAUUCCGACGCACAUCCCCCGCGGAGGAGCAACAGCUACGCACGGACUCGGAGUUUGGUUCCAGGUGGACUGGACGGGUCGAGCUGCCGGACACAGAGCCGCGUCCACCGGCCCCCCGGAGGGCAGCAGCGCAGAGGAUGCGCCCCUGGACGGAGGCUCGCGGUCGGUGAAGUCGGAGACGGGAGAAUGAGACAGAGAAAGGACGCAGUGUAGCGCUGCUGUUCGCGGGAAUAACGGGACCCGGUGGAAGGCACCCCCCCCCCCCCCCCCUCCAGAAGAAAACCAUCCCAAGACGCGCUCGGUGAUAUUUUGAGGGUCUUCUGGGUGGAAUGGGGCGGCGGGAGCCCCGGUCCCAGCUGAAGACAUGAGCGCCGGGAGAGGGACAGACAGCUCGUCUGCGGCGCUGCGCCGCGUGUGAGUCUCCAUCCAUCCGAGGGGUCCGGUGUGCGCCCUCCUGCGUGGUGCGGACGCCUGGCUCAUGACAAUGGACUACCUGCUGUGGGUGUGCAGCCUCGUCGUGCCCGCGGUGCUGGCGGUGGAAGAAACCCUUAUGGACAGUCGGUGGGCAACCACAGAGCUGGCUUGGACCACGUUCCCAGAAAGUGGGUGGGAGGAGGUCAGCGGCUACGAUGACUCCAUGAGCCCAAUCAGAACCUACCAGGUGUGUAAUGUCCGACAGCCCAACCAGAACAACUGGCUGAGGACGGACUUUAUCCCCCGGAGGGGCGUGCUGCGCGUCUACGUGGAGCUCAAGUUCUCCGUCCGUGACUGCGCCAGCAUUCCCAACAUCCCCGGCUCCUGCAAGGAGACCUUUAAUCUGUUUUACUAUGAGUCAGAGGGGGACACGGCAACAGACACCAGCCCUCUGUGGAGGGAGAACCCCUACGUGAAGGUGGACACGAUUGCCCCAGACGAGAGCUUCUCUCUGCUGGAGGCGGGCAGGAUCAACACCAAAGUGCGCAGCUUUGGCCCCCUCUCCAAGGCGGGCUUCUACCUGGCGUUCCAGGACCUCGGUGCCUGCAUGUCUCUCAUAUCCGUCAGGGUUUUCUUCAAGAAGUGCUCCACCACCAUCGCCAACUUCGCUGUCUUCCCGGAGACUGCCACUGGGGCAGAAGCCACUUCCUUAGUCAUCGCUCCGGGGGCCUGUGUGACCAACGCUAUGGAGGUGUCCGUCCCUCUGAAGCUGUACUGCAACGGGGAUGGCGAGUGGAUGGUCCCUGUGGGCUCCUGUACCUGCGUCGCUGGCUUUGAACCUACUGCUGUGGACACCCAGUGCCAGGCCUGCAUCCCUGGGACCUUCAAAUCUAAAUUCGGGGAAGGAUCCUGUGCUCCCUGCCCGUCCAACAGUCGCACCAGUGCGCGAGGAGCCAAUAUUUGUCCCUGCCAGAACGGCUUCUACCGCGCUGACAGCGAUCCUCCUGACUCUGCCUGCACCACCAUCCCCUCGGCUCCUCGCAAUGUUAUAUCCAGCGUGAACGAGACCUCGCUGUCCUUGGAGUGGGAGGAGCCCGAGGACACGGGUGGGCGGAGCGACCUGGUCUACAACGUGGUGUGCAAGAAAUGUCUGCGGGACCGGAGCCCCUGCACGCGCUGCGACGACAACGUGGACAUCGCCCCUCGCAGGCUGGGGCUCAGGCAGAGGAAGGUGGUGGUGAGGAACCUGCAGGCUCACACGCGCUACAGCUUCGAGGUGCAGGCCGUCAACGGGGUUUCAGGGAAAAACCCCACGUCACCCAGCUACUCCACAGUCAACAUCACCACCAACCAAGCAGCACCUUCAGCAGUGCCCACCGUCCACCUGAUGCGCUCCACCUCGGACACCCUCAGCCUGUCGUGGCUGCCCCCCGAGAAACCCAACGGUGUCAUCCUCGACUACGAGAUCAAAUACCAUGAGAGGGGCCAGGCGAUGUCGCACACCGUAACUGCCCAGCACAGCUCAGCCAAGGUGGAGGGGCUGAGGGCCGCAACGCCUUAUGUGGUGCAAGUCAGAGCUCGCACCGUCGCUGGAUACGGACGCUACAGCAACCCCAUGGACUUCGGCACCAGCCUUCACAGUGACCCUCAGAAGUCGGUGCAGGACCAGCUGCCCCUCAUCGUCGGUUCGGCCUCUGCCGGUCUGGUGGUCAUCGUUGCCUUGGUGGUUAUCGCCGUUGUCUGCCUUAAGAAGCAGCGCAGCGGUUCCGAGCUGGAGUACACGGAGAAACUGCAGCAAUACAUUUCACCGGGGGUCAAAGUCUACAUCGACCCUUUCACCUACGAGGACCCCAAUGACGCCAUCCACGAGUUCGCCAAAGAGAUAGACAUCUCCUGUGUGAAGAUAGAAGAAGUCAUCGGUGCAGGGGAAUUCGGCGAGGUGUGUCGCGGGCGUCUCAAGCAGCCCGGUCGCAGAGAGAUGGUGGUGGCGAUCAAGACGCUGAAAGCUGGCUACACCGAGCGCCAGAGGCGGGAUUUCCUCGGCGAGGCCUCCAUCAUGGGCCAGUUUGACCACCCCAACGUGAUCCGGCUGGAGGGCGUCCUGACGCGCAGCUGUCCGGUCCUCAUCAUCACCGAAUUCAUGGAGAACGGGGCGCUCGAUUCCUUCCUCCGGCUAAACGACGGACGCUUCACCAUGACACAGCUGGUCGGGAUGUUGCGCGGCAUUGCUGCGGGGAUGAAGUACCUGUCAGACAUGAACUACGUGCACCGAGACCUCGCCGCCCGGAAUAUCCUGGUCAACAGCAACUUGGUCUGCAAGGUCUCUGACUUUGGCCUGUCACGCUUUCUGGAUGACACUUCUGCUGACCCCACUUACACAAGCUCCCUGGGAGGGAAGAUUCCCAUCCGGUGGACGGCACCAGAGGCCAUUGCCUUCAGGAAGUUCACCUCUGCCAGUGACGUGUGGAGUUACGGCAUCGUCAUGUGGGAGGUGGUGUCCUAUGGAGAGAGACCAUACUGGGACAUGAGCAACCAGGAUGUGAUGACGGCAGUGGAGCAGGACUACCGUUUGCCCCCGCCCAUGGACUGUCCCAUGGUGCUGCAUCAGCUGAUGCUGGAGUGCUGGAUGAAGGAGAGGAACCUGAGGCCCAAGUUCUCGCGCAUCGUCAGCACCCUGGACAAGCUGCUCCGCAACGCCGCCAGCCUCAAGGUGGUGACCAGCGGCAACUCAGGGGACCUGCUGCGGCUCGGAGGAACGCUGCCGGGACACAACAGGAAGAGUCCGGACGGCAGUCAGGAAAUCGUUCGGCAACAGAUGAGCCAAACCCUCCCCAUCAGAGUGUGAGCGGCGGGCGGAGCGGAGGACGGGGAACGAGCGGGAAAAACUACCUAGAAACUCUGGUGCAAAGAGCCUGAUGUAAGAUAAAAAAAGAAGAAAACAAAAAGGAGGAGGCGCCGGCUACAGAGAACGAGGACGAGGUUGUGGAGAUUUCUUUCCAACUGGAGAUUCAAUGUCCGUUUUAAAGAGAACAUUCCAUCGCAGUUUGUGUGUUCAUUACUUGACACUUGUGGAUUUGUGACUAUUGACAUAAGGCCAAACUUCCUAUUGCCCCCUCUCAGGUUGUGUUUGCAUGUCUGCAUGUGUUUUUCUGCUGGUUGGGAAUCGGUCCUUCCCUCUCGUCGGCCUCUGACUGAGGACGGGAGAGCCCACACAGGUGAUAGGGUUCAGCGUGUAGGUGAUACAACAGUGCCAAGAUAAAGCAAACGUUUGCUUCAAAACUAACUGUUAAAACAGAUCAACAUCUGUAGACUUUCAGUCAAAUCAAUCCUUCCUUCUUUCUUUUUUUUUCACCCAACCAACAAAUACUCUUUUAUUUAGAUUUUUUGAUUUUGUUUUUGGAAACAUGACAAAAAAAACAACUUACUUUUUCUUCCGCUUCCUCUUAAAUAUUGUCUUCCACAUGUACUGGGAGAAAUACUUGUUACAAAUCUGUACAGAGCAUCUGAGUCUUCACACCGUCUCCCUCUGUGUGUGUCAGGGGAGGGAUGGAACUGACACUGUGCGGGACACAUCGUGUGCAUGCCAAAGUGGAAGCGUCUUCAUGAGAAAAGUACAAACCAGUUCCUCAUUAGCUGUUGCUUUGGUGGCAUCUCGCUGUAUGGACUUUAACGUCCGUGUCUUUCUUAAUCUUAUUUGAUUCAUAUAGGCAUUGUUUUGAAUGCUAAGUUAUUAUGUAUUAUUGCAAAGAGGUGGGGUUUUUUUGUGUGUUUUUUUUACGAGUACCGGGGCUUAACUUUUUUAUUACAAUGCUUGUUUUUUCACGCAUUUAACAAACCAGACAGACAUGAAUGAUGGAAUUAAGAAGGAAACGUUUUGCUCCGACAGAGGAAUUACCUUUGAGACUUUGUCGAGAUCGCUGUUAGGCUUUUUGUUUUAUAUUUUAAAUGAAAAGUGCCCGUGGUUGUGCUGUGUUGUAUAUUUUACUUUGGCGAACAUGUUGCAGAUCAGCGAGAAUUAAAAAGGUCACUGUCCAGAUGAGAGCUCUGUGACCUUAAUAUUGACCUGACCUACAAACAUGAGUGUUAAACAAAUCACUCACUGGUUUAUUUCGACAGACAUGUGUUUUCCUCAGCACGCCAACUGUCAGCGCAGUUCCUAUUUAAAACAACUGCCUGUAUAUAAUACUAUAUUUCUAUUAGACCAAACCUGCUCAGCAUUUACAACUAUCUGACCUGACUUUGGCCUCUAUGACCCUCGUUUAUAUGCCUGUUUGUUUAUUGUGGAGGAGCAAACAAAUGGAGAAAUUGCAGUUCAAUAGUCCUUACAUAUCUGAAACUAUAUGUCACAAUGAAAGAAUAAAACGAAACAUGUGUCUGUUAGGCCAGACUUUUUCCUGUGCAAUUCAAGUUGUAUUAGAUUGUAAAAAAAAAGAAGAAGAAAAACUCCAGAAAACUAGAACAAAAAAUAAGCAUUUCUCUUUCAGUAUUUUUACGAUAAUCAUAUGCAAAUAAAUUAUUAAACGGA